UUUUGGCCACCUCAGUGGCAGAGCGUCCCAGUUGCAGGCAGAAACCAACGGCCAGGGCCAGAAUGUGAACGAUAGAUGAAGCAGAAGAAGACCAGCUUUUUACUGCAUCAGCGACAACGAAGAUGGCUAGGAUUCUAAGAAAGUUAAUCGACGGAAGAUCGGUUUUUGCAGCAAGGUCUUGCUCCAACGUCCUCGCAGCGAAGAAUCAGAGCAACCCAUUCAAAGCUCUCUCUUCAUUUUCCUACUCCUCUUCUUCUUCGACGUCAUCUAAGGAAGCGGAGGUCGUUGGUUUUAGACAGUUGGGUCUCGAGUUCCUGGGAGCGAAGGAUUAUUAUGACUACAGGAGGUCUCUGUACGGUGAUAUCACUCACAGGGCUCUUCUCGUCGACGCUGUUGGGACCCUCCUCGUUCCCUCCCAACCCACGGCGCAAAUUUAUAGACAGAUUGGAGAGAAAUAUGGAGUGCAGUAUUCGGAAGAUGAGAUACUAAAUCGGUACCGGUGGGCGUACGGGCAGCCCUGGGGCAGAUCCCGGCUCAGAUAUGUUGAUGAUGGAAGACCCUUCUGGCAAUUCAUAGUCAAAUCUUCCACUGGUUGUUCAGAUUCAGAGUACUUUGAGGAACUUUAUAACUACUAUACAACUGACAAGGCUUGGCACCUCUGUGAUCCUGAUGCUGAGAAGGUGUUUGAGGCCAUUAGAAAAUCUGGUGUGAAAAUAGCUGUUGUUUCUAACUUUGACACACGACUACGGCCUGUUUUGCGGGUUUUGAAUUGUGAACAUUGGUUUGAUGCUAUAGCAGUGUCAGCUGAGGUUGAAGCAGAGAAACCAAAUCCUAAAAUAUUUUUGAAGGCAUGUGAACUUUUGGGAGUAAAACCUGAGGAGGCUGUUCAUGUUGGCGAUGAUCGAAGGAAUGAUAUAUGGGGUGCCAGAGAUGCGGGGUGUGAUGCUUGGCUCUGGGGAAGUGAUGUUCACUCUUUCAAGGAGGUUGCAGAAAGGAUUGGCGUUCAGGUCUGAGAAAACCACAUCUUACCCUAUCUCAUUUGCAUCAUCAUUGUAAAUAUUCUUCCCUUAUAUGUGUGUAAGAGAACUCUUUAGAAUGUAAUGUAAUUGUAGCUUUGCCCUAUAUCUUAUUAAUAUGAAUACUAUAUGUUAGCUUCUAAUCUGCCGACACACCUCCAUUGAGCUGUUUUAAGUGAACCUGUGCUAAAUUUUAUGAGUA